AUGGAGCAAGAAUCGUCGACACCACUCUAUCUUCGACGGGCUCUAGCAAUCGGCCUGGCGCUCACUGCACUCCGACAACUCAAGUCCCUCCGUCUAUCCUAUUUGUUUCCAUUCUCGAAUCCCGUCACCGAUGAGGUCGAUAAAAUGUUCGCUUUCGCGGUGAAUACAAGCACGCUGUUCUUCACAUGGUGUAUCGCCGAGCCUUCUAUCGCCCAGCCUCUUCCGAUAACGAAUUUGAACGCAUUGCGCUCUACCCUGGCCGGUAUUAUUCUUACUCUCACCGUAUGCGGCGAUAGCCCCCUCAAGCGCCUUCUUGCCGGACUCGCGAUCGGAGCCUGUUGGAUCCUUGGAUGGGCGAUCACGUCUGUCGAGCAGCGGGCGGCCUAUUGGCGGUUCAUGAGAGACGGGCUAGGUUUCACGCUAAUUAAUUUGUGGCGCAAGGCCGCUCUUUAG